UGCCUACAUCCGGCCCUGCUCAGAUGCACAAUCACACCUCUCACUGUGGCUGGCAUCAGAUUUUUUUUCUUUCUUUUUUUACAGUAUGUUAAAUAAAAGUCUAAAUAUGCGACAUUUGUCUCAACACUUCCAUGAGGUGGUUUCUGCAUUCAUAUAAAGGCGCUUCUCCCGCUUUGAGCGCCUCAGAGCGCUCUACCGUUGAGCUCAACCCUCCCGCCCCCUUCCCUCCCCUCGGUUGAUACAUCCACCCCAUGACCACUCAGUAAUGAGUUCAGGCAGGAAGACUCGACUGUGAUUACCAGAGACUAGCGGGUCGCGCGUUCCUGCGUCUCAGCGCGCAGCAGCCUGGACUGGAACCCGAACCUCCGACAGGACCGACAGGACCAGGAUGGCUCCAGCACUGGAACGGAUCGUCUUGAGUUUUCUUCUGGUGUUCUGGGAAACCGCGUCAGGACAUGUUUUACCACCAAGAAACCUGUCCAUCCGCUGGAUAAAUGACUUCAAACCGGAGCUCUCCUGGGAGCCUCCAACACAUCCAAUGACAAACUGCACCUACACCCUGAUGUACAGAGGACAGUCUGAGGACUCUGAAGAAUCGAUUGAGAAGUUGGAAAACCAGAAACAAAUAUUAAACAACUUUCAAAUGGGAGGAGGAUUUCUGCAGUGGUCUGUAAGGACUUCUUGUGACAGCGGAGAGAGUGAGGCGGCCGUCAUGAGCGUUACCUAUCCAGAGCUGGUAAAGGACCUGCAGUGCUAUGGCUACACGGCCACUUUAACUAAAUGCUCCUGGGUACCAGCCAGCGACGCUCCAGAUGUGGGCUUUUUCUGGACGGAUGUUCCUGACUCCCCACCAGUGUACAAAUGUCUGCCCAGUGUCCAGAGUCCUACGAGAAGCUGUGAUGUUCAUAUUUCUAAUGACAAGGAAUUCAACAUCUUGAUAAAUGGAACUCUGAACAACAGUGUGGUCAGGAACACCUUUUUUGGGGAUCCUGUCUCGGCUGUGAGACCUCCUCCUCUCAACUGGACUGUCACAAAAAUGAACGAAAAACUCGAAAUCAGCUGGACUCCUCCAAGCAUCCUAAGCCUGAUCCAAUGGAACUUCAUAAUAACUGUUAAAGGAUGUGGUGAAACAAAGAAGUUUGAAGUUCAAGAGCAGACAUCAUAUUUGCUUGACGUGAAGCAUCCGUGUGUGUACUGCAUGACCAUCAGCGCCGACAGUUUAGAAGGGAGUUCCCCAGUCAGCAAGGAGAAAUGUUUUAAUUCUGAUGUGGGUAAUCACGGGCUGCUGUAUGCUGCAAUUACCAUCCCAAUUCUCAUGGCUUGUAUGACAACCUUGACUUUUGUGUGUUGCAGAAAAAACAAGGACAAGAUCUUCUUGAAGGUCCCAGAGCCGCGGGAUCUCAUCACAGAUACUUUGGACAACAACAAUAAGAACUCCUUCAACAACUUAUACGUCCCAGUAAAUGAAGAGCAGAGCUGUAAAAUCACUCUGGUGAUAGAUAAGCAAGAUGGCAAACCAUACUGCUGACACAUCGCCAACGUUGACUCACUCUGCCGACAAAGAAGAGGAAAUGUCUGUGAACAAACUUCAUCAGCUGAAAUCUAACUUUGAACACUUUUUUAAGUGUCCUCAGCACAAAAACAAGGGUUUCUGUUAUCUUUUGUAAGCUGAAGAACCACAAGAGCUUUCCACUCGUUGUAGUUAGUGUAGUUAAGUUACUGUGUCAAACAUAGAAACUUGAAUUUAAUCAAUUUAAGGUGUUUCUUUUAAAACAUGUGGACUAAUUGGCUGCUGCUCUCAGUAGAACAAUACAUUCAUGGAUUUAGUAUCAAAACCAAAUCUGUUUAACUUUAAUGAAAGUGUCCCCAUUAACAUAAAGUACACUCUGAAGUUAGUUUUAUAAAGUAUACUUGAUGGAAAGUACAGAAAAGAUACUAUAGACAAUGUACAUGAAGCUUAUUAAAUACACGUACUGAAUACUUCUUCAAAGUA